UCCCAGCAAGUGUGGCGCGUACAUCGCAUGCGCGGUGUGCCGGGAUGGCUCUGGCAGAUGUGGGCUGAGCGGAAUGACAUCCGGUGAGCUCGGCGAUCAGCGUUCCCGGGAUGGAGAGAACGAAGGGGGAGGAGCCUGAGAAAGAAGACCGAAACACCGCCCACUAAGAGACGCCGACCGGCAGAUGAGUAUCGGUCUCGCGGUCGGUCCUGGUGAUGACUAUUGGGAAUGAGAAACAUUCGGCGCCUGUUCCUGAGGUGCCUCCGCCUGGGACACAGAAGGAAAUGGACGAAGGUGAACCUCCUGACCGACUAUGUGCGCUACUGCCGCCUCUGCCUGGUCUCCCUGGCCUACAACUCCUUCACCGACAGCGACGUGGUGGUCGAGUCCAUGUUUGAACCCAUUUAUUGGCUGGUGGAUCAUGUGACCAGAUGGUUCGGCAUAGUGUUUGUGGUUCUGGUGAUCAUCCUGACGAGCUCCAUCGUGCUGAUCGUCUACAUCUGCGUCCUUCCGCUCAUCCUCCAAACCUAUUCCACCGAGUGGAUCUGCUGGCACGUCGCCUACGGCCACUGGAAUCUCGUCAUGAUCGUGUUCCAUUACUACAAGGCCAUCACCACCUCUCCCGGAUAUCCACCCCAGCAGGCUCAGAAACACGUUCCGUCGGUGUCGGUGUGCAGGAAAUGCAUCGCACCAAAACCCGCCCGCACCCACCACUGUAGCAUUUGUAAUAGGUGUAUUCUUAAGAUGGAUCAUCAUUGUCCGUGGCUCAAUAACUGCGUCGGCCAUUACAACCAUCGCUACUUCUUCUCCUUCUGCCUUUUCAUGACCCUUGGCUGCAUUUACUGCAGCAUCAGCAGCCGCGUCAUGUUCCGCGAAGCCUACGCAGCCAUUGAGAAAUUCAAGCACCAGGAGAAGGAGAGGCUGAAGUUUGCAGGCAAUGAGACCAUGUACAGCCAGACUCCCUCAACUACCUUCACCUUCAGAGAGAGAGCGUUUCACAAGUGUAUCAUCUACCUCUGGGUGCUCUGCAGUUCUGUGGCCCUGGCUCUCGGCGCUCUCACGCUGUGGCACGCGAUGCUCAUCACCCGAGGGGAGACCAGCAUAGAGCGGCACAUCAAUAAGAAGGAGAGGAAGAGACUGCUGGCCAUGGGGAAGGUAUUCUAUAAUCCGUUUAGCUACGGUCGCUGCGGGAACUGGAGACUUUUCUUUGGAGUGCAAAAAAAAACACAUUGGAUCAGUCGGGUCCUCCUCCCGUCCUCACACUCCAUGUAUGGAGAUGGACUGACCUGGAAGCUGCCAUCUUGGAUCCCCACAAAGCGGACUGUUGUAGCGAUCUGAUUGGUCCUCCGGUGACGCGAUUUAUGAACGGAAAUCGUUUUCAGACUUUUAUUCCGGAAAGGCGGGGGAGGGAAGCAACCUGAGUCUCGGAGGCUCCGCCUUGUUUAUGGAAGAAACUUUUUUGCUCAGAGACUUGAACCUCAUCAGUAAGUCGGCGUGAAGACCAACGACGGGGUGCGAUGUACAGAGACCCCGAGCAGCCAAUCGGAAAUCAUCUCUCACCGGUGUUGCUGCAUUAAACUAAAAGCUGAUUGGCUGCUUUAUAUCA